UAUUAGUAUUAGUAUUAAUUAUGUCACUAAUAAUUCUCUAAUACAUGAGUGAUUAUCAAGAAAAACAACAUGUUGCUUGCUGUGUUGAUAGCCAAUUCUGAGGGAAAUAUACUUGUUGAACGUUUAAAUGGAGUUCCAAUAGAGGAAACUCUACAUUGGAGAUCUUUUUUAGUUAGAUUGGGAGCAGAAAAUCUUAGAGGAGUAAAAAAUGAGGAGCUCCUUGUAGCUUGUCACAAAUCAGUGUAUAUGGUAUACACUGUAUUAGGAGGUGUCAGCAUUUAUGUGGUUGGCAAAGAAGAAUAUGAUGAACUUGUUUUAUCUGAAGUAAUAUAUGCUAUUACUUCAAUUGUGAGGGAUGCAUGUGGAAAGGCUCCAAGUGAACGCCUUUUUUUAGACAAGUAUGGAAAAAUUUGCUUGUGUUUAGAUGAAAUUGUUUGGAAGGGUUUACUUGAAAAUACAGAGAAAGACAGAAUCAAAAGACUUAUAAGAUUGAAACCACCGUCAGAGUUUUGA